AGUACGCGAUGUGUAGACAGUGGUCCAUGACACACGACCAUCUACUGGCUACAACAGAGCAGGGAAAACAAAGAUGCUUACACCGAUAAGGUUCGCUUCUGUUGUCAUUGCCUCGAUUUUGGUGAAAUAUUUUUUUGAUGAUGUGUUGAGAUCGACGAGGCGAUCUAUACAGAUACAAAGACUGAGAGACAUCUAUGAUUAUAUUAUUGUCGGUGGUGGCACAGCAGGAUGCGUGCUGGCUGGCCGCUUGUCUGAAAACCCCAAUGUAACAGUGCUGUUGUUGGAGAGUGGCCCCGAGGACCUUGAUAGAGCAUUUAUCAUCACUCCAGCCCUAGCUGGCUUGCUCUGGAAGACAAGUUUGGAUUGGGAGUAUUGGACAGAAAGAUCUAGCACCACAAUGUCAGGUCUUCAGAACAAGCGGUCUCUCUGGACACAAGGAAGAGUUCUAGGCGGUUCUGGAAGCAUUGGUACAAUGCAGUAUGUCCGAGGUUCCAGGCACGACUACGACAGGUGGGCCAAAUACCUGGGAAAUGCCCAAUGGGAUUACAGACAUGUCCUGCAGUACUUUAAAAAGUCGGAAGACAUUCAGAUCUCCAAUCUCAAAGAUUCAGUGUAUCACGGCCAAGGGGGAGAGUUAGCAGUCAAUCAUGUCAACAGCCAACCUUUGGUCCACAAACUAAUCGAAGCAGGGAAAUCUAUUGGCUACAUGUUCAAUGAAGAUUAUAAUGGAAAGUCAAUGGAAGGAAUCUCCCAUUCUCAAGUCAACACCAGAUACAACGAACGUUGGUCAACAAGCCACGCCUACAUCCACACUGCUCUUGGACGAAAAAACCUCUACGUUUCGGUCAACUCUCACGUGACCAGGUUGAUUAUGCAGUACCACAUAGCCAGAGGUGUCAUAGUUAUGAGAAAUAGCAGAAAAGUUCGGAUCCUAGCUAAGCAAGAGGUCAUUCUAUCAGCUGGAGCUAUUGGGUCACCAAAGAUACUCAUGAACUCAGGGAUCGGACCAAGAGCGCAUUUGGAAAGCUUGCAUAUACCUGUGAUAGCCGACCUCCCAGUAGGCGAGAACCUACAGGAUCACGUGAUGGCAGACAUAGGCGUCAAAAUCGAACAGCCUCUGAGCCAUUCGGUGAAGCAGAUAUCCGACAAGUGGAAUGAGCUUCUGUACUAUACUCUCCGUAUGGGCCCUCUCACAUCCCCUUUAUUUCUUGAGACCGUGGCGUUUAAAACUACAAGACAAGAUUCUAAACAGACGUCCUGGCCAGAUCUCCAAAUUCAAUUCAUGAGCUUACUGGAGACCAUAUUCGAAUAUGAUACUACUGUGAAAAAUGAGAUGGCGCAAAAACAAAAUGCGAAUUAUGGAUUUAUCUGUCUACCUAUUUUAUUACACCCUGAGAGUAGAGGGCGGGUAACUCUUCAAUACAAUGAUCCCAUAGAUUAUCCUCGCAUUGAGCCCAACUAUUUAGAGAAACAGAAAGAUAUCGAUACUUUGAUCACAGGUAUACAGGAGUGUGAAAAGUUUGUUAACACUAAAACACUACAAGACAUUGGUGCAGAGCUAGCAGAGCAAGUUCCGAUCAGUAUUUGUAAUGGGCACAAGUUCAGAUCUUAUGAUUACUGGCGAUGCCUCAUUAAAAGCAUGCCCCUAACUGCCUAUCACCCCGUGGGAACAUGUAAAAUGGGACCCAGGGGUGACCCAACCGCUGUCGUCGAUGCUGAUCUAAGGGUACAUGGUAUCUGCAAUCUGCGAGUAGUGGAUGCCUCUAUCAUGCCUUGGAUUGUUUCUGGAGACACAAAUGCAGCAACAGUCAUGAUUGCGGAAGUGGCUGCUGAUUUGAUUAGAUCAAAGACUCCAUUGAAACCUUCGAAUUUGUAAACGUUUGCUCAAUUACCUAGACAACGAAAUGAUAAUGGACUUACAAAGUUGUAUUGAAAUAGAAAUAAAACAUUUUUACAAAAAUAA